AUGGACAAAUUUGUUGACCGACUGCAUGAACGGUAUCAUGAUAUUGCCUUCAUCGGGGCGGCUGUUGUGCUUUCUGUUGCGGUGUUGAGCUGGUACUGGCGAGAAGACAGGCCGUAUCGAGGGUUCCGUCUCAUUGGUCAAGAACAUGGAGAAUGGUCGUUUGAGAAAGCAAGAUUGAGAUGGAACACAGAUGCGAUGGAGCUCCUUCGGGAUGGUUUUGAAGAGACGAACGGCCGACCUUUCCAGGUGCUCUCCCCAUUUGGUCCUUUGGUUAUGCUACCCCCACACAUGGCGGAGGAGAUACGCAACGACAAGCGACUUACCUUUACAGGCUUCAUAGACCGGCAAUGGCUUACACGGUACCCCGGCCUAAGCGUCCUCCAAGACGGCUUAAAAGACGGCAUCAUCCAGGAAGCCAUCCGUCGAAACCUCAACCAGGAGCUCAUGUACCUAACGGAACGCUUAUGCGAAGAGACCUCCCUGAUUCUCAAAGAGCAACUCCCCACAACCAAAGAAUGGCAAGACGUAAAAUUCUUCCCCGUAGCCCUCCAGCUCGCCGCUCGGCUCUCUGCAAAGAUUCUCCUCGGAGACCGGCUCUGCCGCAACAAAGAAUGGAUUUCCGUCUCCAUCAACUUUGCCGGAGUAGUCCUCUCCGCGGGCCGCGCCCUCCGAGCGUGGCCGGUCCUCCUGCGUCCGCUAGUCCACCGCUUCUUGCCCAUGCUCAAGUUCCUCCGCUCCCAGAUCGCACACGCGAGGAGAAUCAUGGAGCCAGAGCUCGCAGCGAGACGCCAGGCGCGGGACGGAAUGGAGAAGCCCAUGGAUUCACUCUCGUGGAUCGAUGACGUGCGACGGGGCAGGGAUUUCGACGUCGUUGCCGGGCAGCUAUUCUUGACAUUUGCUGCUAUACACACGACCUCGUCCGCUCUCACGGCCUUCAUGUACGACAUGCUUUCCAACCCGGAGUACUUCACCCUCUUGCGGGAGGAGAUCGUGCGGGUGUUUACGGAAGAUGGAGGCUGGAGCAAGGGCAGUCUGUAUAAGCUGAAGCUGAUGGACAGCUGUUUGAAAGAAAGCCAACGUCUACAUAUCCUCGGCCCACACAUCAUGAACCGCAGGGCAGAGAGCCCAGUGACCCUCUCCGACGGCACAUACAUACCGAAAGGCACUCACCUGACCGUUGCGGCGCACAACACGCUCGAUCCCGCUCUAUGGGGCUCUAACCCGACCAAGUUCGACGGUCACAGGUUCCUCCGCAUGCGCGAGCAGCCGGGGCAGGAGAACCGAUGGCAGUUUGUCUCGACGAGUCCCGAGUUCCUCUCCUUUGGGCACGGUAUGCAUGCCUGCCCGGGACGAUUCUUCGCGAGCAACGAGAUGAAGAUUGUGCUUGCUCAUCUCAUCAUGAACUACGACUGGAGGAUAGUGGGCGACAAGGCGCCUGGAAGCAUGUUCAAGAGUCGGUUUGUGCCGGACCCCAAGACUGUCAUCGGGUGCAGGGCAAGAGACCCUGAGAUAAUGUUAUAG